AUGGGUUUGCUGUGCGCCAAGCUGCGCGGCUGCUGUUGGCGAGCAUCCUGGCCAGCGGAGAUGGAGGAAUUCCAGGUGCUGAUCCUGGGCCCCGCGGCCAGUGGCAAAACGGAGCUGGGCCAUCGCCUGAGCAGAUCUCCAAGAGCCUCGGACGACCAGGAGGCCACCAAUGGAGUGCGUUGCUAUCGUCUUUCGUUGCCGGACCAUGCGGUCGAACUGCAACUGACCGAAGUGGGUGGCAAUGCGGAGAUGCAGCGCCUGUGGCAGCACUACCAUGCCACCUCGCAUGCCCUUAUAUACUGCUUCGAUCUGGGUGCGGAUCCGGUGGAGCUGCAGGCCACAUUUACGUUGCUAAGCGAUUGCCUACUUGGCACCCAGCUGGCCGGCAAACCAGUGCUCCUGGUGGCCUCCCGCCACCGCGACGGUGUCCAGCUGUACGACGUGGAGUAUGCCUUCGCUCUGGAGGAGCUGGCCCAGUCCUGCGGAUGUCCUCUGCUCAUCUGUCACAUGGACGAUGCCGACGAUCUGCAGCGGGGACUGCGAUGGCUCGUCCAUCAGCUGCUGGCCAGGAAAUCGCAGCUGGAGCAGCGCAUUCGAUACGAUGUCAAUAUGCAGGUUUGGCAGCGUCGAAAGCGAUCGCUUUUAUCCAGCGGUAAAUUAGCUCAAGUUCAUGGACAGCGUUUUCGGCGGCAGGUCAGAAAGGUGAGUUCCCUACUUGCAAAUUGA